AUGGAGCCACCUCAAAAAGGGCACGCGAACCUCUUCCAGGUGUACUUGAGACUACGGCCUCCUCAAGCUGGAAAUUCGAGUGCUGAACGGUUCCUCUUAGUCGAAGAACCUGUAGAACGCGAUAACCCUACCCAUAUCACCUUAAACCCACCGAGCGACCGAAGACGCGCUAUAGAGAAAUUCGCGUUUACCCAAGUUUUUGAAGAAGAUGCCACACAACUCGACCUAUUCCAGGGCACCAGAGUGCUUCCUUUGGUCGAAGGUGUAUUAGCCCCUCAUGGAGGUGACGGUACAGAUGGUCUGCUAGCGACCUUAGGGGUCACUGGUUCAGGCAAGACGCACACGAUGCUUGGAUCGCGGAGCCAGCGAGGUUUAACCCAGCUUGCCCUCGACGUCGUAUUCCGAUCUAUCGAAUCGAACAUCGUUGACUGCGAGACUUCUCCUAUGUUGGAGACAAGUAUACGAUCCUCUGACGCGUCUGAGGCAGCUAUUUGCCCUGCAUCAGUAUUUAUCGACACGAUGUACACUGAUUUCAGCAGUUCACGGGGUGGAUCAAGAGCUACGACUCCAAUGAUUGUAGGACCUCCUAACAUUCCUAUCCAACCACCUACACGCAUUGCUACACCCUUACCACCUGGUUGUUUUCCAAGCAGCCCUCAAAGUAUACGACUAGUUAGUCACGAUGACGAUCUGUCGAGAAUAAUACUUCUCUCAACACCGCCCGGUGAAAAGGAGAUAGCAGUUCCAACCCUAACGCAAGCUGCGUCUAAUAAGCUUAAGCCAAAGUUGGCUCGCUCCCCGUCACCCCAAAAGCAUUACAUGUCUCUCACAUCUGCCGCAAGAAAUAAGAAGAAUGUUACUAAAUGUCUAAUGAAGGGCGACCACGCACCACUGACGCCGAGAAAGAACCUACAACGACCGUCUGCUUUCCCUCAAGCACCAGAUAUUAGCACCAUUAGAGCAUCCUGUGACCCGUCCGCCGAAUAUGCUGUCGUCGUCUCGAUGUACGAAGUAUAUAACGACCGGAUCUUCGAUCUUUUAACUCCCCCGAUCAGGUCAAACAGCAACAAAGAGCCUCGACGACGGCCGCUGCUUUUCAAGUUUACAGAGCUAUCUUCUGAUCGAAAGGUUGUAGCGGGACUUCGAAAGGUCAUCUGCGGCAAUCUUAAAGAGGCGCUAAUGGUUCUCGAAGCCGGGCUUCACGAGCGUCGAGUCGCUGGCACAGGUAGCAAUAGCGUGUCGUCGAGGAGCCAUGGGUUCUUCUGUAUCGAAAUUAAGAAAAGACGUCGUGGCCGCAACAGUGCACGCUGGGGUAAUAGCACACUAAGUAUCGUUGACCUAGCUGGUAGUGAACGAGCAAGAGAUGCGAAAACACAAGGCGCGACUUUGGCAGAGGCAGGCAAGAUCAACGAAAGCCUGAUGUAUCUUGGUCAGUGUCUACAAAUGCAGAGCGACGCUAGCAGUACGACGAAGCCUAAUCUAGUCCCCUUCCGUCAAUGCAAACUUACAGAGUUGCUCUUUGCCAACUCGUUUCCUUCAGGCUCGCCCUCAAGCUCCACAAAUGGGAGGCGUGCACCACAGAAGGGUGUAAUGAUUGUUACAGCCGAUCCUCAAGGAGACUUUAACGCGACGUCACAAAUUCUCAGGUAUAGCGCUCUAGCGCGUGAGGUUACCGUGCCACGUGUUCCUUCUAUCACAUCUACGAUACUUGCCAAUGCAAACAGCUCAGCGCAUUCUCAGCGGUCGGAAUCAAGUGUCGGGUCUCGUAGUGAUACGAGCUCGCCUGUUCUAGCUCACCAUAGAACGUAUUUCCAUCCUUCUAGCAACCAUAGCCGAAUGUUCUCACCUGUACCAGACACAGAGAGAGGAACAAUGGAGAACGCAGCAUUGGAGAUUGCUAGAAUGGCCGAUAUGAUAGAUCAGUUGAAUAACGAACUAGUACAGGAAACGGAGGCACGCAUAGCAGCCGAGGCUCACUUGUUAUCCAUGGAAGAUCGGCUCGCGGACUUUGAACAGGAGAUUCGAGAGGAGUGCUACACAGACUUUGAGCAAAGGCUAGCUCUAGAGAUGGGGCGAUGGAAGGCCACAUUGUCGCUAGAGCAAGAGCGCGGCGAGGAGCACUGGGACCGCAAGGUAGAGGUACUAGCUCGCGGUGUAGGCGUCACAGUCACUAUGCCAAGCUCUGAAGAAGAUAAUGUUGAAGACGAAGAUAAGGAGAACAUCUUGAUCGAAAAUCUGGAGCAAGAAAACGAACGAUUGCGAAGAGAGGUUGCGAUCUUGAAGCGCGAAUUAUCCGGCCGCACGCCAAGCAAACGCUCUCCGCUUCGGGAGAGGGGUGAUGUACCCAGCACCAGGGCCUCAUCUUCUGGGGCAGAUGCGCUGGGCGACCUCGGUAACCGCAUGGAGCAGCUAAGGGUAAACAGCGGCGAGGGCAAGAAGGCCCUUAAAGUGUCGAGCAGCGGAAGCCCUACGAAGAAGGUACGAAAGCUACAGACGAGAAGGUGGGAGGGUACGGCGGUUGAUGACGACUUAAUGUGA